AUGGUUUGUUUUUUCAAUUUAAUUUUUCAUGCAGUGCUGGUUUGCAUUGUUCUCCCCGGUUUUCCAGCUGAUGAAACCAGAUAUUUCAACUGUAAAGAACUGCUUAUCUCAUCGUAUCAUGAAAGCCUUCAAAUUGUUGAUGAAUCCUUGUUUCACUCCAGACAACGACGGAGCGCACCCUCGUCUUCCACACAUAUGUUUACAUUCCUUCGGCAAACUGAGCCUGAGACCUUGGAGACUUCCCGAGCUGCUGAGGUUUUUCAAACAACUCUGCAAGUCCUAAAGAACAGAGCAAGACAGAGAUAUAAAAGGGAUGUCAUGACACCAGAGUUGUUGUCAUGGGAGGAUAUGGAGCUGAUUGCAGAGUUGUCUCAGUGUCCUCCUGCAAUGCAUCCAUCCAUCUGUCACCCCAACUCAAAGUACCGCUCCAUAUCUGGACUCUGCAAUAACAGGCAAAAUCCUCUCUGGGGAGCAGCCAACACUCCCUUGGUCAGAUGGCUUCCAGCUGAAUACGAAGACGGAGAGAGAGAACCCAAGGGUUGGAACCGGGGACGGCUGCAUAAUGGAUUCCAACUUCCCCCGCCAAGGGAAGUCAGCACGAAAAUCAUGAGCAGCUCCUCUAAAAGUGAAGAUGACAUCUAUUCCCAGCUGCUGGUGGAGUGGGGUCAGUACAUUGACCAUGACAUAACCUUUACUCCUCAAAGCACUGGCAGCGCUGCUUUCUGGACAGGCAUCGGCUGUCUCACCUCAUGCGAAAACAUGCAUCUGUGCUUUCCCAUUGAGACACAUGAUAAGCUCUCUGGAGCACGGGGCUGCAUGCCUUUCUAUCGAUCCACACCAGUCUGCUUGGUCAAUUUGGAGACAGAUCUUGGCCAAGCUCUGCAGCGACAACAGAUGAAUGCCAUCACAUCUUUCAUAGAUGCUUCGGUGGUGUAUGGCCACACUCCACGGAUGGAGAGCUUCCUCCGUGACCUCUCUGGCCUUAAUGGGAAGCUUGCUGUCAACAAUCAGUUCAAGGAUCCAAAAGGAAGACCCUACCUUCCUUUUGUAGCUACUCUGCCGUCAGCCUGCCAGCAGGAUCCACAGGGGGAGAAAGUGGAGUGUUUCAGUGCUGGAGACAGUCGGGUCAACGAGGGUAUUCCCCUGACCUCUUUGCAUACAUUGUGGCUUAGGGAACACAAUCGAAUUGCAGAGGCACUGAAAGGCAUUAACGGUCACUGGAGCCCUGAGACUAUAUACCAAGAAACCCGCAAGAUUAUUGGAGCUCUGCACCAGAUCAUAACAAUGAGAGAUUAUGUUCCAAAAAUUAUUGGCCCGGAGUCUUUUGAACAUUACAUUGGAUCCUAUGGGGGAUAUGAUCCAACCACGGACCCCUCAGCCGCCAAUGUGUUUGCCACCGCCGCAUUCAGGUUCGGCCACGCUACCGUCGCUCCAAUCCUCAGGAGACUGAACGAGAGCUUCCAGGAAACUGAGCACUUACCCCGCUUGAGACUUCGCGAAACUUUUUUCAGUCCCUGGAGAAUUGUCAAAGAAGGUGGAAUUGAACCAAUCCUGAGAGGUAUAAUUGGAACUGCAGCACUAGCCACCAGUGCAGACAUGCUGGUGGCAGAGGAGAUAACAGAGAGGCUGGUCGUCCUUAAUGUACCACAACACAUGGACCUGGCAUCACUGAACCUGCAGAGAGGACGAGAUCACGCUCUUCCAGGAUACAAUGAUUGGAGAGAGUUCUGUGAACUGAAGCGCAUUAACACAUUGGAUGAUCUCAAAGAGGUUGUGAGAGACUACAAGGUUGCUGAGAAGAUACAAAAAAUAUACAAACAUCUUGACAAUAUCGAUGUAUGGCUUGGAGGACUUGUUGAAGACAUGUUGCCAGGUGCAAGAACCGGUCCCCUCUUUGCUUGCCUGAUCGGAAAGCAGAUGAGGGCGCUUCGCGAUGGUGAUAGGUUUUGGUGGGAGGCUGAGGGUGUGUUCACCCCACAACAGAAAGCUGAACUUUCAAAAGUUUCUCUGUCUCGGAUCAUCUGUGACAACACCGACAUAAGGGAAGUCCCCUAUGAUUCUUUUCGAUUUGGGAAAUGUCCCUCUGAUUACGUCUCUUGCAAUCAUAUACCACUGAUGAAUCUGGAAGCUUGGAGAGAAGAGAGGAGCGCAGACUUAGAGCAGUGUGGCUUUCCACCAAAGAUAACGAAUGGGGAUUUCAUAUUGUCCUCUACAUCUGGCAGACUGGUUGCUCUGUACUCCUGUUUCCAUGGUUUCAAAUUAAAGGGUGCCACUGCAAUAGUUUGUGAGGGAAAUCGGUGGAGUGAUCAACCCCCACAAUGCACAGUUCUGGCGUGGCUGCAGUUUUAGAGUUGGGUGUGUCAGGUACGUGACAGUUCUAAGCAUUUGGAAGGUGGUGCCAUGGUGGAAUGCUGACAGGUGAAUUCACUGUUGAUUGGCAGGUUGGAUCUCUCUUCAUUUACUCUGCUACAAACACUGAAGGGCACUGAUCUUUUAUUUUUCAUGCACUGGUGUCACGGAAUUACCUUCACGUGUUGUGUUACUGUUGUCUUAAAAAAGAAAAUGCAGAAAUUUCUAUUUCAGAGUCAUGAACAUGACUUUGACAGAUGCUGUCCGCACUGUAGUCUGGGGUUCAGUGAUAUUCUCUGUAGAUACUUAUGUAGUUUUUAUGUGGGACUUCUCUGAGUGGCUGUGGAGGCAGGAAUACGUGAUUAUCUGAGUUACAUUCCAAUACAUGAGUCCCCAAAGGGCAGAGAGGGCAAGAUAAGGGACAGUCAGUUCAGUUUAUUACUUACCUUUCACUUAACAGCUUAUUUUUAACUAGAGAAUUAUUUCCUUAAGAGAAAAUGUGCAUGCAUAUUUCUGGAUGACAUUUUAAUCGUGUAAAAAAAAAACACUAAACCUAAUGUGCUGGUUGAGUUAUGGACUGGGUUUGAAUAAUACGUUUUGGUAUAUAACUAUUAUCUGUGCGUGUCAUCUA